AGCCAGUCAUGCAAUUAAUCCUGUGUUGGAUUCCAAAAGUCUUCCACUGCACAGUUACCAAGAAAUUUCCAAGCCAAUUAUUUAUGAUGUUCGUUGAGCAUAUGCAGGUAUAUGUAUUAUAGGGACGGGACUUGAUUUUUUAUCGCAUUAAUCUUUCCUACCAAAAAUGGUUACAAAACCCCUUGUUCUCUUUGUUUCUUUCUUUCUAUGUUCCAGUGUUCUAAGAAAUGCUAACUCAAUUGAACUAGGUUCCAGCAUUGUGGCUGGCACCAAUAAUUCAUCUUGGAGAUCAUCAAAUGGUGAUUAUGCCUUUGGCUUCUACCACCUUCUUAGUGACCACUAUCUUGUUGGAAUUUGGUUUGACAAGGUUCCAAACAAAACACUGGUUUGGUCAGCAAAUCGCGACAAUCCGGUUGAAAUUGGAUCAACCAUCAAUCUCACAUCAAGUGGCGAAUUUCUGCUCCAACCUGUCAAAGGGGCUACAUUUCAAAUCUACAAAGGAACAAACACUCCUGCUGCAACUGCAAAAAUGGAGGAUAAUGGGAAUUUGGUGUUGAGGAAUUCACUUUCUGAAUUUAUAUGGCAGAGCUUUGAUUCUCCCACGGAUACUCUUCUAUUAGGCCAAACUUUGAAGAUGGGUCAGAAGCUCUAUUCCAAUGCCAAUGGAUCAGUGGACUACUCAAAAGGGCAAUACAGUUUGGAGAUCCAACAAUCUGAUGGAAACAUUGUUCUCAAAGCUUUUCGGUUCACCGAUGCUGGUUAUUGGUCCAGUGGAACUAACCAAAACACAGAUGUGAGAAUUGUUUUCAACAGCACAACAGCUUUUCUUUACGCGGUCAAUGGAACCAACCAAACCAUCCAUAACAUGACAGUCGAUCCUUUAACGGGCGCGAUCGAAGACUAUUAUCAUCGCGUGCUGAUCGAUGAUCGGGGAAACUUGCAGAAGUUGAUUCACCCAAAAGAAAAUGGAAGCGAUUGGACAUCUGUCUGGAACGCCAUAGAACUGCCCUGCAGAGUGACCGCGCUUUGUGGGGUGUAUGGCUUUUGCAAUUCAUCUGACAACCAAGCAUAUAGCUGUGAAUGCUUGCCUGGCUAUACACAUUUGGAUCCAAAUGUACCUUCCAAAGGGUGUUAUCUUAGUACGGAGGCCAAUGGCUUGUGUGCUGCAAAUUCCUCUAAGGUUGAAGUGAAAGCAAUUCAAGAUGCUGAUAUACCCAAUAAUGAUUAUUUUUAUUUUGAUCUACAAGUUAUAAACAACAUGGAUCUGGAAAGUUGCAAGAGGGAACUGAUGGAUGACUGUCUCUGCAUGGCUGCUGUUUUUUAUGGCUCAGAUUGCCACAAGAAAACGUGGCCAGUUAUAAACGCCAUAAAAAUCUUCCCUGACACUAGCAAUCGGGUGAUGCUGAUUAAAGUUCCUCUUCUUGACAAUGAUAUGGAAAAUGAAAAGGAUUCACAAUCUUUGGUUGUUUUGAUAGUGGCUCUUGUCUCUUGUUCCCUACUUGCUGUAUUGUUUGCUGCUACUUUUAUUUAUCAUCACCCCAUCAUUUGUCAACAUCUCAUACACAAAGGGGAGCCACCAAAGCCAAAGCCUAUGGAUAUCAACCUAAAGGCAUUCUCAUUCCAGCAGCUGAGAGAAGCAACAAAUGGAUUCAAGGACAAACUCGGUCGAGGUGCCUAUGGUACAGUGUAUAGCGGGGUUCUAAACUUGGAGGGUCAACAGGUUGAGGUUGCGGUCAAACAACUGGAGCAAGUAGAAGAGCAAGGUGAGAAAGAAUUUGUUACAGAAGUUCAAGUUAUUGCUCAUACUCAUCAUAGAAAUCUCGUUGGGCUAUUGGGCUAUUGCAAUGAACAAAAUCACAGGCUUUUGGUUUAUGAGAAAAUGGAAAAUGGGACACUCUCCAACUUUCUUUUUGGAGAAGGGGAUCAUAGACCCAGUUGGGAGAGUAGAGUAAGAAUUGUGAUUGAGAUUGCAAGAGGCUUAUUGUAUCUGCAUGAGGAGUGUGACCAACAAAUCAUCCAUUGCGACAUAAAGCCUCAGAAUGUUCUUCUCGACUCGAGUUACACCGCAAAGAUUUCAGAUUUUGGACUGGCAAAGCUUCUAAUGAAAGACAAGACUCGAACAAGCACCAAUGCUAGAGGGACAGUGGGUUAUAUGGCACCAGAAUGGCUAAAAAAUGCACCUGUUACUACAAAGGUUGAUAUCUACAGCUUUGGCGUUGUGUUGUUGGAAACCAUAUUUUGCAGAAGGCACAUCGAGUUACACCGAAUCAAUGACGAAACAACGGGUGGUGAUGACAUGAUACUCAUAGAUUGGGUUCUGUAUCUGGCAAAAGAAAACAGUUUAAGAGCAGCUGUGGUUGAUGAUCUUGAAGUUGAAAGUGAUUUCAAACGGUUUGAAAGAAUGGUAAUGGUUGGAUUGUGGUGCGUGUAUCCGAAUUCAACUCUUCGACCAUCUAUGAAAGUGGUGGCACAGAUGUUGGAAGGAAAUAUAGAAGUGGGUGUUCCCCCACUCAACUAAGUAUUGAUUGAUUCACCUUAUGUCAUUUAAAAUAAAAUAAAAAAUCCUAUUUUUUAGUUUUUCCUAGAUGCAAUUUUGUAACAAAACUUAAUUUCGUUAAACAAACCUAGUAUAAUUUGUUUUCUUGUAUAAUCACGUUUAAAUACUUAUAAGUGUUAAGCGUGGGUUUGGUCGAGAUUCCUGUUUUUCAGCAAAGAGAAAUUAUUAAGCAAUCUUUAAUCAUUAUC